CAGCAACACCCAUGGAAAAUGGAGCCUCCGUGGGAAGAAGCUCUUGAUGCAGACGACUCCGAUCUCCAAUCACUGACCCUUCUCCGCCCGUGCAAGCAGCAGCGCCGCCAUGAUGAAUCAAAACCCUCCAUCAAUACCCAUCUUUCCCAAUCUCAAACCCUAGAUUCCUCAAAGUCGCCAUCUGAAGCCAUUAACUCUGUUCCUCAAAACAUCACUUCCGCAUGUCAGGCUGAAGCACCGCCUUAUGUUCGUGCAAUUCCAGGCCCUGCUGGCGUUGUUCAGGCUGCGAAGCUCCGUAAAACUCGAGAUAUGGAAAAUAUAUUAGGCCAGGAGGAGCAUCCAAUGGCCACACAGGAGUAUAUAAGAAGAGUGGUUGAAAAUCCAGAGGAGGAUGACGAUUUUCAGGGUAGUCCAUGGCUUUCUGCAAUCGAAUUUGUCUAUGCUGAUGGUAUGUUCAAUUCCAUCCCGAAUGCACCUUUGGGCGAUAUAAACAAGUAUCUGAAAAACGGAAAACUUCAUCAGGUUGUUGCUGUUAUCAAGUCUUGUACUUCAAAUGAGCUAGGUGAUCUGAAAGUAACACUAAAAGAUCCUACAGGUGUAGUUUCUGGUACUAUUCAUCACAAAGUGCUAACAGAAGGGGAGUUUGGAAAGGGUAUUUUUGUAGGAUCUGUUUUGAUACUUCAUAAGGUUUCUGUGUUUUCUCCUUCAAGAUCCUCUCAUUAUCUUAACAUUACAAAGAGGAAUUUGGUAAAGGUAUUUUACAAGGAUAAUGGAUCUUCACAAACACAGACAUUUCAUGGAUGUAAAGUCAUAGAUAGAUCUCAUGCUUCUGAUCCUAAACAGGGUGCAACAACAACAAUAUCGGGCCCCACAUCUUCUCUUGAACAAAUCGCAAAAAACAUGACAAAUGUAAACAAAACAACUACUUAUAGUCAACAAAAUUCGCAAGAAAAUGUAUUUCACAUGGAUGAUAAUGUAGUUUCAGAAAAACAAACAUUUCAUGGAAAAUGUAAUACUAUCAUAAUUGAUGCAUCUCCUUUUUCUGAUCACGGACAGGAGACGACGACAACAACAUCGGGUCCCACAUUUUCUCUUGACCAAAUAGCAAAAAAGAUGGCAAAUGUAACCAACAAAACAAGUGCUAAUAGUGUGUCAACUGGGCCCCACUUCACGGAAAUCUUAAAAGAAUCAAAUGUUUUAAAAAGUGGUUUAAAUGAAAAUCCGGGUUUUGGAAACGGGCUAAAGGGAAUGGAUCCGAGUCAAGUUCAAGUUGAACCAACCAUGGUUAGUGGUUCAAUACCGGUUUGGACAGAUGAACAGUUAAAUGAACUCUUUGAUGAUUUUGCGGAUGAUAUGUAAGCACAUGGUUUUGAUCAUCACU